AUGCGCGGGAGGAGCACUAAAGGUGGGAGAUGGGUAGUCACUUUAACCUGUUGCAUAUUUGCUACUCCAAGAAAGUACCGCCAGAACCGACUUCAGUCUUCGCUUGGUCUUGUGGUGCACAAGUCGUGCAGCAUCAGCGCGGCGACAAUGUUACAAUACGACGCCGAAAUCUCCGAAAGACUCGGCUUGUUGGACUCCAACAACAACCCGAGCGGUGCGGAAAAGUACUCUUUGCGGCCGCGUUCGAUGCGCAAACAUUUAGAUUUCGAAGAAAUCCCUUUGAUUCGUUCGAAAAAAAAUUGCAGCAAACCUCAAAAAUCGGCACCGCUGAGCAAAUAUCGCCGGAAAACCGCCAACGCUCGCGAACGUUCCAGAAUGAAGGAAAUCAACCAGGCGUUCGAGGCGUUGCGUAAGGCAGUGCCUCAAAUUGCUCCCGAUCAACAGCAAAAUGAAAAACUCACGAAAAUUACUACUUUGAGAUUGGCAAUGAAGUAUAUCAGCGCUCUUAGCGCUGCGCUGAGCAGCCCUUCGUCCAGUCAGGAUUUGUUUUCCGAGAUGCUUUUGUUGGAAUCAGAUGGUGAAUCUUUGCCACCGGUUUCGGAUCAUUCUUCGCCAUCGUCAGGCGAUUUUUGCGUGAUGGAUUUCGAUGAUUCUAUGGAUUUUAGUUCGGAGUUUUCCGAGCAUCGGUUACCUUUUGACUCGUAUUUGACGGAUUUUAGUUAACGUGCAGUUUUAAUUAAAAGUCAAUUUAUUAUUGUUAAUCAGGAAACUUACUUUUCAAUGAUAAAUUGCACCUUUAACAUACAAGAAAAAAAAUAGAUUUAUUAUUGUGAUAUUCCUUUUAUUGAAUAGAUUAUUAAUUUUAUUUUGUUAUUAUUAUAUUUUUCAAAUUAAUUUAUAUCUGUCUGCCCAUGGCCUGUAUUUUUUGGUGCCAUAAAAACCCCUUAUUUUUCUAUGUGAAAGUUUUUUUUUUUUUCAACGUGAAAUCGAGUGCCUUAUUUUUUGUAUAUUUUUGUAUAUUAUAUUUUUUAUAUAAUAUUUUUUUGUUUUAUUUUUUCUUUGGUCUAGGCUAUUUUGGAAUUAUUAUACCUAUAAUCUUAAAUUGUACAAAAUUACCCAGCUGCAUGAAAAUUUCCUCUAUAAAGUAUUUUUAGUAAAUAUUUCCCUUGAAUUUCCAAAAUUUUUCCAAAUUUCACCAGAACUUCUUGUAAGUAGGUACCUACGUACUUUUUAAUGGUUUAUGUAACAACUAAAAUCUAAGCAUAUUGAUUUAUCAAAAAAUAAUACUAAAAAUAGUCUUAAAAAGUGUGGAAAAUUAGGGAAAUUCUGAAAAUAUUUGGGCAACUAUUAAAAAAUGUCAAAUCAUUUUUUUCUCAGACUGUAGCUCGGUUUAUUGUAGCUUGAUUUUUCAAAUCCUAUUGAAGUCACUUAUUCUAUUUCCAAAAAAUAUAUAGAGAAUUUUAUUAUUUUUCUAGACAAUCUAUGUAUGUUACCUACAAGUUUCCUGUUCAGGUACUUACGUCGAAAAAUUGCUGAGGCAAAAAAAAGAUUUUUUUUUCGAGUUAGACUUGAAAUCCCAGUAAAAAUAAUUACAAUUAUCUCAAGAUACCUAUUUGUAUUAAACAUUGGAUACACCAAAAACAUAAAAAGAUUAAAAUUUUACGUAUCGAUUCGAUUUAUCGAUAACGAUUUAAAAACACAUUUUCUCGAUACAAUUUUUUUUUGUAUGGAUACCACUUCUAGCGAUGUUACUGACAUUGCAACUGAAAAGUUGAUCUUGAAAAUUUCCUUAUUUUGCCAUAUUCUCCUUCCUUCUUCU